GGAUGUGAUCAUUCAAGUCCUGAGGUAAGUACGAAAGCCUCAUGGGACCUGAGUGAAAUUCCCUACGUACUAAUAAGCUGUUGAGCUGUCUACGCAAAGCUUGUUAAAACCAUGCAUGGUUACCGUGAUUUGUAGUUGAUUGUUGAAGCCAUUCAACUCACAUAACCCAGCUUCCUACAUCUACCGCGUUAGAUUGUUCAAACCCCUCUAUGCGCAUAACAAUUACAACCGUUGUAAUCAAACUGUGGAUUUUCUCUGAAGAUAUGGAAGGAUGACUGGAGUAGUAAAAACCAUGGCUUGAGCGAGAUUCAUAUAGUCUAGCCAAAGUCGACCGCAGUGCAAGAAGAUUUGUCACAGUAGCUCAAAAGUGCUCCAUGGAAGAAGUGAACAGUCUUUCGUCCACUAAAUUAAGGGCCAGAGUCCUGUUAAUCCUGUAGGUCCAGUUUUGACAAUUUCAUAGCUUUCAACUGGUCAGAUCUGCAGUCGUUGACUACAGCAACAAGAAUCGCACGCCCAUGCGCCACGUCAAACCUGAGGAAUUUGUGACAUUUUUGAGAAAUUGUAUAUUCUACAUCUUGAUAUCCCCAUUGGGUCGAGAGAGUUGGUCUCCACAAGUUCAUCUCGAUCAUCAGUCAUACAACAAGCAUUCGCGAGGCUGGUGCGUGGCAAUUGCUCUGCAGCUGAGUUUCAUAGUCCUCUGGAUUCGUUUGCCUAAAGCCAUCGGAGAGUACACGGAUCGAGACAUGGCAGACGCUACAAUCGACACGCCAAGAGAGCCUCGUCGCAUCUGCCAGAUUAUCAAAAUCAAGCCUUCCGCCUUGGAAGAAUACAAACGCCUUCACAGGAAUGUUUGGCCUGGCGUCCUUGCCACCCUGGAAAAACAACGAAUUGUGGACUACUCCAUACACUACGAUCCGGAGCACUCCCUCCUGAUUGCCAACUUCAAAUACGUGGGGACCAACUGGGAGAUCGAUUCGAAGUUGGGAUUGGCCGACGAAGAGACGAGGCGGUGGUGGCAGGUGACUGAUCAAUGCCAGGAAACGUUAGUGGAAGGCAGCACGGGAAGUACAGACGCCAAGGGGUGGUGGAAGGAUUUAGAAGAAGUGUUUCGCUUCGAAGGUAAGCCCUAGGGUGCGGUGCGCUGAGACAUUAGGUACGAUGUUGUUGAAUUGCUGACUGCAAGGCUGAGGUGCAGCCCAUUCCUUCAAAUCAUGCUGCUCAGCUCCACGGCUCGGACCUGGAGCUACCGCCUUCUCGAGAACAAAAUAUAUGGACGAUUUCCAACUUCGGUGACAGCGACCAGAGUUUUCUUCUGAUUAUAACUUUCAAAGGAAAUCAGGUCGCUGGGAACCCUAUACUGAUGACGCAUUGUCAGGUUGGAACAUAAAUUUCAUUUCUACUUACUCCAGCGAGAUGCUUGUAUACGCUUGUAAAUUUGAGUUCAACAUCUUUGGGAAUAAAUGCUAAUUGUAGAACACGCCCCGAUGCUCUGUAAUUCAGCAACGAGUUUGGAUUCGAGGUUUUGUAACACAUGUUCAUUGAUAUUCCUCGUUUCCGAGGUGCAGGAGAAAUGUAGCGUACUUCUCGUGAGGAUGAGAAUAAACUUCUAGCUCACAGACGUAAUCACUCAUUUAAUGUUUUGAGGAUUCUUCCAUACAUCUUGAAAAUCUCACUGUGAGUAGAUAAUUUCAAAAUGACCACUCUCGCCCUAUGGGGCCAGAGGAACCAGAUACAAUCAGUUGGGAAUAAAUAGC